GCGUCUAGGUGGGUGGGCACACACUCUCUCCAAGUGUCGCUCCUCUAUAAGUAGGGCAUCUCAUGGAGAAGAGCCCAUCACACCGCGGUCCACUAUACGGAGGAGAGAUGUGCUCUCGGAUAGCUCAAUCAAACCCAGCCAUGAAAAUUAUCCUGGUCUUCACCGCCUCGCUCACCUGGGCGUUCCAGCUGCAAGCCGAGCCCCCCAAGUACCAGCACCGGGACCCUGUUACCUCUGAGCUGCUGCUGUGCGACCAGUGCCCCCCCGGCACGGCUGUGAAGCAGCACUGUACCCCGGACGGCCCCACGCUGUGCCAGCCCUGCCCAGAGAGGCACUACGCAGAGCACUGGCACUGGAGGGACACCUGCCAGUACUGCACCUCGGUGUGUAAGGAGAGGCAGCUGGUGAAACAGCAGUGUAACAGCACUCACGACCAGCUUUGUGAGUGUGCUCCGGGGUUCCACCUAGAGGUGGAGUUCUGCAUCAUCCACAACACCUGUCCAAUUGGUUACGGAGUGGCGGCACCAGGAACGCCGGAGAGCGACACUGUGUGCGAUCGCUGUCCACAGGGCAGCUUCUCCAGCGUGGGGUCCCCCACAGAGGCAUGCCGGCCCCACAAGAACUGCAGCGCCCUGGGCCUGAAGCUGCUGAGGGCUGGGACUCCCUCCAGCAACACGCUCUGUAGCCGGCCAGGCAAGAACCUGGCGCCGGAGUGCUCCCUGCCCCACAUACAGUGCAACACAGCAGACAUGACCCUGUGCGAGGAGACCAUCUUCCAGUCGCUGGCGUCGCUGCAGCUGUCGGCUGUACCCGUGGAGCGGCUGAUGGAGAGUCUGCCGGGCCGACGGGUCGACCGUAAGGGGCUGGAGCGGCUGAGGAAGGCCUGCGAUCACCAGCAGCAGAUCCUCCAGCUGCUUCGCCUGUGGAGGGAGAGAAACCGCGACCAGGACAAGCUGUACGGCAUCAUACAAGGCGUGAACCUCUGUGAGCGGAAGGUGUCUCGCUGCGGCGGCCUGAAGAAUGUCAGCCUGGACCACCUCAGGCUGCUCUCCGACAGCCUGCCGGGGGCCCGGGUGUCUCCGGAGGCCGUGACGGCCGUGACGGCCUCCUGCCCUCCGGCGCAGCACGUCCUACAGCUGCUGCACCUCUGGAAGAGGGCCAACCCGGGCCAGGACCUGGCCAAGGCCCUGAACCUCAGCCAGAAGGCCCUGCGGGGCACGGGGGCCCCUCGGGCCCUGCUGCGCGCCGUCAAGAAGGUGGGCCGCGUGCUGGGCACCACCACCGUGCACAAGAUCUACGAGAAGAUGUUCGCCGGCGUGCCCAAGGACGACUCGUGCUUCAAGACGCACAAGCCGCUCAAUGAGUAGGAGGGGAGUGUAGGGUGGGAUGGAAGGAAGAGGAGAUAACUAUUUAGGAGAAGUUGAUACACUAACGCCCCCAUUUUGGUUGUUUCGGAACCAACGGCGCACACACACUUUGACCUAGUGGGGCAAGCCGUCCCUACAUGUGUAUGGCGACGCACACACAAACACACACAGAUUAAAAAGCAAACACUAAGACACACGUUUGCUCGUUGACAGUAGGCGGUUCAAUAAGAGUAAAAUAAUCCACAGACUUGUUUUUAAGUAAGUUAUAAACAGGGAGAAGCUUCACUACGUUGAAGGUGGGAUUUGUCUAAAACCUAACCAAGGAGGUGAGAAUGAAAGGGUGGGGAUUUGUAUUCCUUUUGUUGUGAAUAGGAAUCGAUUGAACUCUAACAGGAAAAGAACUUUAAUGAGCCAACCCCUACCAAAAUGCACAGGCAACGCCUGAGGCCGCCAUUUUCCAACGAUACCGGGGACACGUGUCGAGCGAAUUCGUCAUUUUACAUCGAUUUGCAUGAGACGGGUAAGGGGCUGGCCUGACCUUUUAUGUUUGCCCGUGAUUUAUAGCGCCCCCCUGUGGCCGUAGUAGUGUUUUUGGUUACCUGCUUCCACGGGGGUAGGCCUAAUAUAUUUGUGCCAAAUAUGAAAAAGCUUUAACCAAUCUGGCUGAGCUUUUGCCGUUACCAUUUCAGAAUAAUUACGAUAAGAAUCCCUACAAAAACAAUAGGGAUUCUCAGUUUCCCUUUGUGAAUACCUAGUAAUGAGUGACUAUUUAAGAUGUACAUAUUGCGCUAUUUUAUGGUUGAAGGUCAGAUAAAUAUUGUGCGGUUUUCUCACCCUUUGAGAGGAAGGAUUUGGUUUCACAAUGAAAUGUUUUUGUUUUGUUUUAGCCAUUCUUUCUGGAUUGAUAAGUUUGUACUGGACUGCUGACAAGCUCAUCAAAAGGAUUUUCUGUUUUUGAAAGUAAGGUCAGUUUUAAAUGAAUGUACAAAGGAGUGCAAUGGUUUUCUAUUUAAAAAAAAUGAUAAUUUUACUUUAUUGAAUUUGUCGAAUCUGUUCGUUUAUAAGGAUUGAAAAUACUGGAUUUAAAUGCUGAAAGUUCAUAAAGUUAUAUUUGUGUUUAUAUUUUGUUGUAUUCCUUUCCCAUAACUUGACUGUUUGCUUUUCUAAGCUUUUGUACCUUUGUGAAUAUUCAGAUGGUCAUAUUAAAACACAUUGUCAGUAAAUGA